GCCACGGGCACAAAGGAAAGUGCUGGGUUCAGCGGCUGGGCACGGGGCCGGGGAGAGGCUUCCAGCUCGCCCAGCGCUUUGCAGGAUGUGAUGACUGGGCGGGCGCGCAGACACUGAUGAGCUGGCAGUUCCUUUGUGCGCCCGCCCGGGGUCUGCCCUUGCCAGGCUAUAAAGUGGGGGCCUCGCUGCGCCCCAAAACACAGCCCGCUCACUCCAACAAGAACCAGCAGCUGCCCAGACUUGAGCCCAACACCGCGAUGUCUGAGACCACAAAACCCGCUGCUCCCGGCCAGGCUGCGGAGGAGGAGAAGGCAGCUCCAGCUCCAUCCCUCGACCCUGCUCCCAUCGCUAACAGCAAGAGCGAGGAGCCCUCCACAGAACCCUUCAGGAUCAUCGUCUUCGAGCAGGAGAACUUCCAGGGCAGGCAGAUGGAGUUCACCACCGAGUGCAUGAACCUGGCGGACCGCGGCUUCGACCGGGUGCGCAGCGUCAUCGUCACCUCUGGACCAUGGGUGGCCUACGAACAGGCCAACAUGCGCGGGGAGAUGUUCAUCCUGGAGAAGGGGGAAUACCCUCGCUGGGACACCUGGUCCAGCAGCUACCGGAGCGACUGCUUCAUGUCCAUGCGCCCCAUCAAAAUGGAGGCUGAGGACCACAAAAUCUCCCUGUACGAGUCUGCUGACUUCAAGGGCAACAAGAUGGAGAUCCAGGAGGACGACGUGCCCAGCCUCUGGGCUUACGGCUUCUGCGACCGUGUGGGCAGCGUGCAGGUGCCCAGUGGAACCUGGGUUGGGUACCAGUACCCCGGCUAUCGGGGCUACCAGUACCUGUUUGAGACCGGAGACUUCCGACACUGGAACGAGUGGUCGGCCUUCCAGCCGCAGAUCCAGUCCAUCCGCCGCAUCCGGGACAUGCAGUGGGACCAGAAGGGCACCUUUGUCACCCCCGAUGUGCCCUCCGACUGAGCGGGCCCCGGGCGCCGCCGGGUUCCGGCGCGGCACCUUCCUUCCCUGUCCAUGGCUCGGUACCGGGAUGUACCUGACCUUGUGAGGCUAUUAAAAACCCCAGAAGACUCGAGCUGCCGGGGUCGGUGACACACGGCGGGGGG